AUGGCGCAGUCUAAUAAUCACCCGGAGCGAUCUGGCUCUGGCUCUGGUUCGACGUUCCGCUCUGCCGAUGAGAUUGUCCGCUCCAUCCUCGAUGACCACGCCGCUACUCCGUCCGAGAUCAGUCCCUCUGGCGAGCUAUACCGCGCCAUCGAGAGGUUCCACGCCAACGCCCACCGCCGCUCGACUCUGGUGAACAGCGCCCGCCGGGACCUUGUCCGGAGCCACCUUAACCGCUGGGCUUCAGCAUCAGCCUCGGCCUCGGCCUCGGCCUCAGCCUCCGAAUCCCCCGCCCACACGACAUCGCGCAGCGCCAUGUCCUCCGAAGCCAACUCGCACUCGGAGCCGUAUCGUAGGUUCUCGAGGGAGCCCCAGUCGUCUGAUGCGCCUGGGCCACCAUCCCUGCCACCUCUUCGUUCUCUCACGCGCAGCGGGAGGGUCUCGAUCACCGUCGUGCCCAACAGAGGCCGGCCUGGGCGACCGCGAUAUGGUUCGUCCGACAGAUAUCCAGAAAGACAGCGGUCCGGUGCUGCGCAUCGUGGAGGAUACCAACUGUCCAUUCUAGAGAGAGCCAGCAUGGCCCGGGAGCACCUGCGCCGUACUACGAGGAUAGGAGACCAAGACCUACAGCAUCUGAACGACUUGGACGACGCAAAUAAUCAACUGCGGGCGCUGUUAGACUUUACUAACCCGCCGUCGCAUCCCUACUCGGAGUUGUCAUUUCCCUCACCGCCUCUGCAAGCCCAGGAGUCUACCGACGAGAACCGCCGCGUCAAGAGACGCAAACUAGACUCAGACCGCCCUUCAGCCGACUACAGGGGCUUUCGUUAUGGCAAGUAUGGCCAGGUCGAGCCGGGGCCUCUUACGAUGGAGAUCGUGAGCUGCGACGGCGGGAUCUAUUCGGGCGAUGGGAACCAGAAACAUGUGGUCGAGAAUAUCCUCAGGAACGAUCAUUCCGUGUAUUGCACCAAGGGUCCGAGGUGCAACGUUGUUCUACGACACCAGGGCUCUACGGUAUUCACUCUGAAAGAGCUGGUCAUCAAGGCACCGCGGUCGAACUACACAUCACCAGUACAGGAAGGAAUGGUCUUUGUUGCGAUGGAGGACGACAAGCUUCUGGCGCGGACGGCGCAGUACAAAAUCCAGUACAUACCAUCUCGAGGCUCGCGCCGCAUGGAGCGAGACGCACAGCCGCUGGCACCCAUUCUCUCGAUCAGGCACAACGAAGACGGCACGAUCAUGACUAGGGCGCAGGUUCGGGCUCGGCGUCUCUACGACAUCGGCAUGGAUGACGAGGAAAACGAGGUCGCGCACAUUCCCCAAGCAUUCGAAACCUCGUCGCCCGACUUCCAGGUGACAACGGUGUGUAGCGACGACGAGGACGAGGUGUCCAUGAGACCAGAUCUGCAGCCGCCGUCGAUUGGAGCACUACCAUUCGAGAGGGCACUCGAGAGGCCGUUUGACAGCGACGACAGCAGCGGCGACGAACUGGCGGAGCAUGGCUUUUAUGAUGUGGGAAUGUACAGCCGGCGGCGGCGGCGGCGGCGCCGCCACACGCCGCCUCCAUGGGAGCUGGGGGAAGAGGCCGAAACGGGGCUCGAAGGUACACCAGACGCCGCAGAGGAGCUGGGCCCAGGGGAGAUGAUGAGGCCUCACGCAAGAUUCUUCAUUGAAAGGGACAAGAGCAAAUGCACCAUCAAGUUUGAGCCGCCGGUGUCAGGACGGUUCAUUCUGCUGAAGAUGUGGAGCCCGAACCAGGACCCGACUUCGAAUAUUGACAUCCAGGCUGUGAUCGCGAACGGCUUCGCAGGACCGAGGUACUUUCCGUGUGUUGAUUUGCGCUGA